AUUUUGAGUUCGUCAGACCAUUCACUCCUGUGUACAGUAUUGUCGAAUAAGUUAGGAGUAUCCUCCGUCCUUUUGAUGCUUCGAUCGUUGCUUCUCCCUUCGCGUUCACCUAGCAUUGGAUUCUGCCUGACGUCGAAGAGGCCCUUCUCGAAGCAGCAGGUUGGCUGUGCUACUGACGCCAGUAAAACCGACUUGUGUAGGCUAAGCUGCGCGAGGCCCUGGUCAUCGACAAGCACAGCUGCCUUUCCCAGUCACCGUCGCAUCAACACCACUGCAGCGGCCAUGUCGCAGAAAUAUGAGCUGUUCGUGAAGGCAGGCAAAGACGGCCAUAGCAUGGGCGACUGUCCUUUCUGCCAGUUCUCCAUGAUAGUGUUUGCUCACAAGAAGGUGGCCAUCGACCUUGUCUUCAUCGAUCUGGCCAACAAACCGGCUAGCUUCCUAGAGAUGGCUGGGGAGUUUGGAGGCAGUGUGCCGGUGCUGAAACAUGGUGACACGAUCAUCCCGGACUCGUCCAAGAUUGCAGAGUAUGUCCAGAAAUUGCACCCAGAGCCGAAUAUGGAGUGCGAUCGUUCGGCGGAGGUCAACGACACCACCAAGGGUGUGUUCUCGGCCUUCGCCGGCCUGAUGAAGAACAAAGACGUGAGUGUACGAGAGGAGCUGGAGCAGCGCUUGGUGAAAGAACUGGAGCUGGUGGAUAGCUGGCUCGGCUCUAAUCCCGGCAAAUUCCUUUGCUGUGGAGACACGCUGACACUACCUGACUGCUCACUUGGACCCAAACUGCUCCACAUCCGCGUGGCUGGCCAGCACUAUCGGAACUUUGUGAUACCGGAUCGGCUAGCGAACUUGCACAAGUACAUGGAGGCAUUGUUUGGUACGAGUGCAUUCAAAGAGUCAGCAUGUACGGACAGUGAGAUAAUUCAUGGCUGGUCACGUUUUGCCUGAACUAUAUACUCGAUGGUGGGGGGUCCAACCGGACCUCUUUCUCUUUCUAAUCUGAAAACGGCCUGUGCAUUCAGCACUUUCCUGGCAGUUUGCCUAGCCUGUCGUUGUAACCCGUGGCUAUGUACUGAAUGCCAAUGGUGCACGUUGCAAGGUGUCGGUUUCAUUGUGUUCCUCUCUGUUUAGUUGAGUUCCAUUGCCUCCAAGAUGGCUGUAUCAUUCAGGACAUGCCGCGGUAAUAUUUCUUACUAUUUUUUUUUGCUGUUCACUGAUUUAGACUACUUUCCAGCGAUUGCGUUAAUCACUUUUUUAGACCUAACUUAGAACGCAACAGCCAAUGCUAGCACAAAAUCCUGACAAACAGCUCAGGGUUUGCACAGUGUUCAACGCGAAAUGCAGUCGUACAGAGUGCGGGGCAGUGUGGCCUGGCCAGCCAUGCAAUCUCAGUGACUUGUCUGGCUUCUUUGCCUGUCACUGUAGUUCGCUUCGGCACGAGGAUUUAUCAACACGCUGCUUCCUUUGAAUUUGUACAAAAAUUCUCUAUAGUUUUGAAUUGAAAAAGGCUAGCUACAUGGAGGCAAUAAUCAUAAAAAUGCAGAAUAAAACUAUAUGCGCACUCAUAUCACAAUCAUCGCAACGAAUAAAGUGUUCCAGAACGUUUUUAGUUUUGAAUUCUUUCUACUUUUAUCUUUCUUAUGCUUAGAGUUUAGUAGGCCCCGUGCUAAUGUACAAUUCUUCUUUUCAUAUGCAGACAAGAAUUAAUCACAGUUAUUCUUGAGACUUGUUUGACCGUGCAUAGUUG